UGCUCGGCUCGCUGGAUACAAACCGAGAUGAUGCUCUUCCUCUAAAACAACCUCAUCUUUUUAACAACCUAUCGCGCGCAGCUGGUGGACUUCAGCUUAAAGGCUCGUGCAUCCAGCUCGUGGUGAGGUGACAGAUGAGCCUGUAGGUGCUUUUAGGUGUUUUUCUUUGUUCGGCUCUGACAUCUGUCCCUCACCUCCUCCUCCCAAAACAAUAAAAUGGAUAAUUUAGAGAAGGAGCACAGGUCUGAUGAGGAGGCUGAAUAUGAAGACGAGGAGGUGGAUCCCAGAAUUCAGGGAGAGCUGGAGAAACUCAACCAGUCCACCGACGACAUCAACAGAUGUGAGACGGAGCUGGAGGAUGCGAGGCAGAAGUUUCGCUCUGUUCUGGUGGAGGCCACGGUGAAGCUGGACGAACUGGUCAAGAAGAUCGGCAAAGCCGUGGAGGAUUCCAAGCCUUACUGGGAGGCCCGUCGGCUCGCCAGACAGGCUCAGCUAGAGGCUCAGAAAGCCACCCAGGACUUCCAGAGAGCCACCGAGGUCCUGCGUGCAGCGAAGGAGACCAUCUCCCUGGCCGAGCAGAGGCUCCUGGAGGAGGACAACCGGCAGUUCGACUCCGCCUGGCAGGAGAUGCUGAACCACGCCACGCAGCGGGUGAUGGAGGCGGAGAACACAAAGACGAGAAGCGAGCUGCUGCAUAAGGAGACGGCGGCCAAAUACACGGCAGCGAUUGGCCGCAUGAAGCAGCUGGAGAAGAAACUCAAACGCACCAUCAACAAGUCCAAGCCGUACUUUGAGAUGAAGGCGAAGUACUAUCUGCAGCUGGAGAACCUGAAGAAGAACGUGGACGAGCGACAGGCCAAGCUGUCCCAGGCCAAAGGCGACUACAAGACGGCCCUCAGGAACCUGGAGAUGAUCUCCGACGAGAUCCACGAGCGACGCCGCAGCACCGCCAUGGGCCCGCGGGAGCGAGGCGUGGGCGCCGAGGGCGACAGCGUUUCCGGGGACGACAUCUCCAACUUUAAGAUGGAGUCGGACGGCAUUUCCAUGACAUCCGUGUGUUUUGAAGACGAGGCGUGUGGCGGCAGCAGCAUCAUGUCAGAAGAAGACUCAGAGACCUGCAGCCUGGGUUCGACUCCCAGCAGCCCUCAGGAGCUCCUGUCACCCUGCCCCUUCGCCAGCUCCUCCUCCUCUUCCUCCUCCUCCUCCUGCGCAUCCUCGUCCUCCGCCUCUCCGUCACCCACUCCCUCCUCCUCCUCGUCCUCCCCGGCUCCUCUGUCCAGGCCCUGCAGUCUGGACCUCCCCAGCACUGUGUCGCUGUCAGACUUCGGCCUCAUCUCGCCGGUGCUCGGGCCUCGCAGCGAGUGCAGCGGAGCGUCGUCACCUGAAUGCGACAUGGAGAGAGGUGAUCGGGCGGAAGGUGCAGAGGGGGAAUUGGACAACGCUCCCGCCACUACCAACAACAACAACAUCAGCUCCACAUCCAGCACCAAGAAGAGCUUCAGCCUGGAGGCGCGCUUCAGCUUUCUGAACCUGCGCCGCCCGCGCUCCACCAACGCCAAAGGCACGGACAACUGUUCCCAGAAGACCGAGGCCGGGCAGAACGUGGUCUUGGUCAAAGGAGUCUGAGGGAUUUUGACUCUACCUUGACCUAAACUCUCAGAUAAACUAUUUACGAGCUGUUUAUAAGCGACCUGCACUCCAUAUCCAAACUCCGCAGUCAAAGAGAGACUUUGAAUGUCUUAGUUGGUGUAUGUAAAGUUUCCUGUACAUUUCGGCAGCGCUGUUACUCCCUUAUCUCCUUUUUAUGAAGGACUUUGCACCUUUUUGGACUCUGAAGCCUGAGAAUUAAAGAGCACUGUUAUGUUGAAGAUGUGUUGGUGAAGGGUGAAAAAGCUUCUGCCACAAAAAGAAAAAGUACACUAGCUGCCUGCGUACGACAUUUGACAUCGGGGAUCAUCUUAAAACAGUUGUAUCCUUAUUGAUAAAUAACUGGUAUAACUGUUUAUUACUGUUAAAUGGCACUUGGCAUGCUUUAAAACCAUGCAGAAGUGAUUUUGUGUUUUUGUUCAAGAGUUAAAGGAAUUUAAGUCGCACAUGUGGAGAUGUUCAAUAAAUAAUUGGUCUCUUAA